GCUUUGAAGUUUCUAUAAAUAAUUAUGAAAUAUAGUAAUUAGAAAAUAAAAUAAAAAUGAUAGAAGCGCCAUCAAGUGUCAAAAUAUAUUUACUCUCGUUCAAAUUACCGAAGUUGUUUUCGGAAAGCAAAAUGGCAACCUUGUAAGAAGGUGAGAUUAAAUUGAAAGAUUUGAUCACAAAGUAUUCAAAUUUAAAUUUCGAAUUACUUAAAGAACCAUGAUUUGUAAAGAAGAAGUAUGUUUAUGGUUCAAAUCUCUUAACGGGUCUAAAAGAAUAGAAGUUCUAUGUUGCUUCUUGAACAUGUUGCUUCCAUUAGAAAUCCGAUUCAUUGGAAACUGUAUAGAAACACUCGGAAGGAAAGAUUAUCAUUAUCUCAGGGAAUCUGAAUGUAAUGCUAAUGAUAUUACAUACGUAUCUACUUUGAAGGAUGUAAAGGACAGAAUUAGCAGAAGUAAAGUGGUGGUUACUUUAGCUCUUCUCUAUUCGUCCAGUCGCCUAUGCGCUAAUGCUCUUUACAGGAUAUUGAUUGAAGUAAACUUAAAUGAAUUAGUGCCAUUACUUGAUGAGAAUGACGUGAAAGAAGUCAUGCUAAUGUUUACUAUGGCUGUGAAUCAUCCUGCUUUCACUCAUGAUCAAAAGUCAGUUUUAAGAAAACAUUUGGAUGAUUUAGAAGAAAUGCUAACUAAUACUGCUAAAAAGGUUGAAUAUUGUGAAAAUUCUCUUCAAAUAGCAACAUCAUUGCCAUCAGUUUCAAAGGUACACGUGAAUUCAUUUUCAUCAGCCUCGUUGCCAGCAAUUCCAAUUUCAACAGUUGCUACUGUUUCCUCACAUAGAACUACUGGAUCUCAGUUUCAAAUUUCAACAGCACAAACACGAUUAAGAUUUUCUCCUAAUCAAGCAUUUAUUUCAGCUUUAGAACUGUUAGAAGUAUGUGAAAAGACAUACAGGAUAAGAGUAACAUGGACCACUGAUGAACAGAUAGAAAUAUUUAAGACUCAUCAAGAUGUCUGCAGCUUUCAUAACAGGUUACUACAGUUAUUUCCACCAGAAGCUAAAGCUCUGUGUCCAGACAAGUUUAUUCCUGAAUUACCAAAUAUUCCACUUGAAAACAAAAAGGAUAUCAAAGAUGAUUUAGUGACCAAAAUGAAAGAAUAUUUUAGGCAAUUGAUCAUUCAUCUUCCUCUUCAUCUUUUGAACAGUCAUUAUGUAGUAAAAUUUUUUCAACCAUCAAAGGAAACAUUCCAAUUUAAUAGUUGCAUUCUUCCUGAACAUAAUAAAUUCCAUUCUUUCACAAUAUAUAAUUCCAAUUUGAAUGAUUCAUCUAUUGCCCCAUUAAAAACCAAAACUUCACAAAAUACAACAAAAGAUGAAUUGAUAUCUUCAAACAAAAUUAUUCCUAAAGAUCUCAGAUCUAAACAUGAUAUUCCAAAAAAUAAAUCUGUGUCAUCAUCAUCAUCGUCAUUAUAUGAAUCACCUCCAGCAUCAGAAACUGAAUCUCAUUCAGAAUCUCCUAAAACUCCAAGAGUAACAGGAAAAUCUGGAAAUCUAAAUAUCAAAAUUCAUCAGAAGGAACAAUAUAAAUCAGAAUUUCAGCAGUGUAAUGGUGAUCUACAUAGUGAACUACUAGAUGAGAAUCUAGAAAAUAGAGAUGAUGAUGAUGAUUUAACAAGAUUAGGCUUGAAUCAUCAUUCUGUUGAAGUUCUAAGAAAAUUGUUUGAUUUCAAGUGUAGCAUUCCAUCGAAUGGAUUAACAAAACAUUUACCUAACAAGAUAUGUAAUAGUAACAGUAAUAAGGUACUUUUACAUCAACAUUCAUCUGUGGCAACAGAUAAUUACCCACAAAUUAAUAGUGAGAGUUCUUCAAGUUCAGAAUAUUCUAGUCCACCACCUAGUCCUCCAAAUUCCUGCCAUAUCCAUUAUUCAAGUUCUGAUGACAAUUUAUAUGAAAGAGGCACAUUUAUGACUCCUAAAAUUUAUGACUGUCAGCUUACUAAUAAUAAUCAGAAAGAGACACAGAAAAAUAAAAAUUGUCAGAAAAGAAUGGAGAAUAAAAAUAUUUCAGGUAAAACUAAAAAGACAACUUCAAUAUUAAAAGGAAAAGAAGAAAAUACUUCAAAUCCUGUUGAAGAACAAAAAAAUGUUCAUAUUAUUUCAACAAAUAUGCCUUCUAAUCAUCAGUUGUCUCGACCAAAUACUUUACCUCUCCAUUGCCCUUAUUUGCCAUUAAAUGGAGAUCAAGAUUCUUUUCAGCAAAUAUCAAUUCCUCUUAAAAAUUCUGAUAUUCAGUCUCAUAUACCAAGCAAUAGAUCAGCUACAACUUCAAUGAAUCAUAUUGUUAAUUCACCAGAAAAUGAAAUUAAAUCUAUUUCAUCUGUGAAUUCAAAUACAUCAUCAGUUAACAGUAAUCAAAUGAGUCCAAAUGGAGUGCAUAUGCAUGAAAUAGCAGCAGCUACAAGGUCACAACAAGUGCCUGAGGGUGUUACAACCCAGUAUACUUCAUUUAUAUCCCCAAUAGUGCAUACUAGUCAACAGUUAAAUUGUACUUCAUCAUCGUCGUCAUUAUCAUCAUCAUCAUCGUCAUCAUCAUCACCACCAUCAUGUGUUAAUAAUGUCACUGUAAAUUCUAUGUGCCCAUCACCUUCCAUGUCUUCUCUUGUACCUAAUACUAAUGUUACCAAUACAAUAACAUAUGGUUGUAUGGGUUACAUACCUCAAAUAUUUCCUCCUCCAAUAUCAUUCCUUCACCCACAUACUGCCUCACAACAUAAUGGAUUCAUAUCACCUACAGUGCCAGCUCCAUCUCAAGCUUCUAAUUUUAUGUAUCCUAUUCAAAAUAUUCUACCUGACCUUACAUAUACUAGUUACCAUAUGCAAACCCCUGCACCUACUCCCCACCCAUCGUCAUCACCACCUGCUGGUUUUAUUACUUUUCCAGGCAACUGUACUUAUGUUCAAGGUACUCUACCUCCAACCAAUGCUCAUAUCAAACCUCUAACUUGCUAUAAUUGUGGAGGAGUUGGACAUAGAGGAUGUGAUUGUAAAGAAACUCAGGAUGAUAUCAUCAAAUCUGCUGGACAAUUUCAUUUGAAUUUUAUUCCUGUUUCUAAAGCAGUAGAAAUACACUGAAAAAACAAAGAAUUCCAUAAUCUGCAGAAAUGAUGAUAUCUGUUUCUAGUCAACUUCUACUUAAAGUCAACCAUUGCCAUUUUAAUUUGUUAAAACUAAACAGAUUUUUAAAUACUGUUCUGUUUUAUGAAUAUUUCAAUACUGAACUGAAUUUGAUGGAUUAUUAGUUUGGUAUAUUAUUGUAUGGUUACAAACAUUUUUAAUCUUCUUGUGCACUUUAUUACAACGAAAUAAAUCGAAAGAAUCCAUCAAUUUCAUUUCAGCUAGUAAAAUUAAACAAAGUUUUGAGAGGUUUCUAAACAAAUCGGCAGCAUUUAUUUUUUAGUUACCUGAUGACAAGAAUGUUUUGUCUAUAACUUUUCUAGUUCCGAAAUCUACAAUGCGAUAUUUGUAUUUAAGAAACUCAAAAUCUGCUGUUGUAACCAAUUUUAGAAUUUUACGUAUCGGUGAUUUUUAUGUGAUGUCAUUUUCAUGGAAAUUUCUCAUUAAUAAGAUGCGUAAUUUUAUUCAACGCGUAUACAAUCAUUGAAUCUGUUAUUUGUCUUAAAAACCCAUUAACUUCCAUAAAAGUUUUCAUAACAGUUAAUAUUAUAUCGACUCUUUUACUAUGCAAAUAUAUAUAUAUAUAUAUAUACAUAUAUUAAUUGAAAGUUAUUUGUGCCCAGAUAUAAAAGUGCUGAUUUCCUACAUAUUUAUUAAUAUGAAUACUUGCACAUAUGAAAUCUAUCAGAUCAGAAUAUUAUUAAUUUUUUGUCAGAGAAAUCAUAUUUUUUUAAAAAGUUGACAUCAAACUGCUGCAUUAAAAAAAUGAAGAAUAUUUGUUUAAGUAUAUAUAUGUUUUACAGUUUGAAUUAUUAAUUAAAAAAGUUUCUUUAACUUGUAAAUGUUCCUCAUUGAAUCAAUGUUAGAAAAAUAAAUGUUUCAAUUUUACAAUAACUAUAUGUGUACAUGUCUGUAUAAAUACUAAGUAAAAAUGAGAUGUAUAUGGAAUAAUAUAAAUUUCAAAUAUUGUAUUGUUCAGAAAACUUAGUAAGCAAGGAUAAAGAGAGAAUCAUUUUAAAUGUGUAACUAGUCAGAAAAAAAACAACUAACUUCCGUAUUUCCUCUUAUUUUUAUUUUUUAUUUUCUAAAUAUAUAUGUAUAUAAUAAAUAUCAAAGAGAAAAAAGAAAUCAUACUGAAAUGUUUGCUGAAGAAUACUUUUAUUAAAAGUUACAUUGUUGUAUGUUGCAUAAAAUAUUGGUGAGUGAACUGUGAUAAUAAGUAGAACGGUAAGUUAAUAAUUCAACAUAUUUCUAAACGUACUUGAUAAAAGUUAUACUAAAUAUAUGCCUGCAGAUUGUCAAUAAUACUUGGUUAUACUAUGAACUACAAAAAAAAAUAUUUUUGGACAAUUUAAAUAUUAUUUAUUAUAAAAGAAAUACUGUGCAUUAUAUCAUUAAUGAAAAAUGAUUUUUGGAAAAUCAUAAAUGUAAAUUAUGUAUAUUUAAGCUGGUGCAUUAGAAAUUUUUGAAUUUAUGUAGCUACACUGUAUACUGUUUCGUUGAGAUUAUUUUAAAAAAGUCAUAUCACAUAUAUAUAUAUAUGUAUAAAUAUCUGUAUGUAAAUAUAAUAUAAAACAAUGUGUUGUAGCAUAAACGAGAAAAGUAUUUAAUUAUUGCUGCAAUUUAUUUUGGUACUAUAAUAUAUAGUAUUUACUCAGUGUAUAUAAAACAUCAAAUUUGUUGUGGCUUCAACUUUUUAAGUUAUAUGUACAUAAAAAAAAAAGAUCAUCCU